AUGGAGCCGUCUAGUUCUCACUUCCUCUCUGGCAAGUCCAUCAUCAUCGCCGGCGCCGGCAUGGCCGGGCUGAGCUUUGUUGCCGCCUUACACAAGCACUGGGACAGUCGUCUUCCACCGCCUCGGGUUAGCAUCUACGAGCGUGAUACCGAGGAAGUAAGUGUGGGCCGGGAAGGCUACUCGCUGUCCAUAAACGGCAUCGACAAGGACGGUGGUUUAUAUACUCUUAUGCAGCUGGGACUGCUGGACCGAACCCUCGCCCACGCCAUCAUUGGCAUGGAGGGUACGGGGUGCUUCAAAGUAUGGACCGAGGACUGGAAGGAACUCAUCAGCAUCCGCCAGAAGCCCGUCAAGGGUCUGCCAACUUCGACAAUCCGCAUAGCCAGGAAGAAUCUCCGGCGGAUUUUGGUUGACACAGUGUCCGAGGUCACCCAGAUCGAAUGGGGCGAAUCCUGUGUCUCUGCCACUCGGCUGGAAGACAACCGCGUGCGAGUCCAGAUAGUCGACUCGGUCACGGGCGAGACCCAUGACGAAGAAUGCGACCUCCUCAUCGCAGCUGACGGCUCCUCCAGCAAGAUUCGUGCUGCUCUUCGUCCGGACGAUAAGCUGCAGUACGCUGGUGCAGUUCAGAUGGGUGGGCUCGCGCGAUUCGACGGGCCUCUCCCUCCCCCUGUUGACCUCAACUGGGGUGGAGUCCUCACCAAAAGCGGUUCCUUCGUUUUCUUCUCUCCUGUUUCCAAGAGCGAGAUUGUGUGGGCCCUCAGCGUGCGUGAGAAGCAGCCAAGGGGUCCUUUCAACAAUAAGGACCUCACCCAGUAG